AUGUUGAUUCUAAAAUUAACUGUGUUUUUGUAUUGGUGUAGCAUUGUUACAAAAUGUGUUAAACAUCCAAAGGAUAGUACAAUAUUUGCCAUAAGACCUAUAGAGUGUCAAGGCCCUGAAUCUUCAGAAGGCAUUCCAAUUGUAUAUGCAAGCCAUACAACAAAAUUGUAUUUGUUCGGCCACAACCUAACUCCAUCUUCAGAGAUCGGCUUUACAAGUGAAACCGACUGUGACUAUCCCAUUCCCUCUGUUGUGUGGCUGAGCAAUUCUAGUGGUGUUGUGACCUUCACUCCUCCUUCAAAACGUCCAGUUUGGUCCAGGACCAAGUAUUACACGUGUCUAAAGGAUGGGGGAGAAGAGCAUAGCAUGUGGAUUCAUCAAGGAACUGGGAAACACGUCACGCUAUAUGUUGUGGAGCCUUUGUUCACCUCCUGGAGCUACAUCGCCAUUAUUAUUGUCUGCUACAUAUUGUCUUCUCUCAUGACAGGCUUGAACCUUGGACUCAUGUCACUAGACAACAGUGAACUCCAGUUGCUAAGGAAUGCUGGAACACCCAAGGAGAGGAAAUAUGCUGGGAAGAUUAUACCCAUCCGUAGAAACGGGAACUUCUUAGUUUGCAGUGUUGUAAUCACUGCUACUCUAUGCAAUGCAGUCUCUACUGUUGCGACUGAUUCAUUUUUUUCUGAUAUAAUAACUGUUGUAAUUACCACAUUAAUGAUUGUGUUAUUUUGUGAAAUCCUACCACAAUCGAUCUGUUCGGCUUAUCCGUUACAGAUAGGUGCUAAAACUGUCUACAUAACUAGAACAUGCAUGAUUUUGACGUUUCCUGUAUCAUAUCCACUUAGUGAAAUACUAAACUUUAUUGUGGGGAAAGAACUGACUAAAAGCUAUAACAAGGAAAGGCUGAAAGAGCUAUUAAAGAAAACCAACUUACCGACUCAUGAAGAGAAAAUCAUUAGUGGAAUUUUGGAUUUCAGCAGCAAAAAGGUUGAAGAUGUAAUGACAAAUCUGAACGAUAUUUUCAAAUUACCCAUAACUGCUGUUAUGAAUUUUGAAACGAUUGCUGAAAUUUUGGCCUCAGGAUAUUCAAGGGUACCUAUAUAUGUCGGAGACAAGUGGAAUAUCCAAUAUGUUUUAUUGACCAAGGAACUUGCCUUGUUAGACCCAGAUGAGAAAAUUCCUGUAAAGGUUCUUGUCCAAAACCCUAAUUCUGCUUGUCAUUAUGUUUCAAAAGGAACUUCUCUGGAUGAAGUGUUUAAAUCAUUCAAGGAUAGUAGACGCCACAUGCUUUUUGUGACUGACGAUGAAAACAACGCUGAUAAGAGGAAAGAUAAUGUCAUCGGCUUAGUAACUUUUGAAGACAUUAUUGAAGAAAUAUUUCAAAUGGAAAUUCUAGACGAAACAGAUACUGUAUCCGACAAUAGGGGAAAGAGAAAAAUUUCAAUUACUCAAAAAACAGAUAUAAUCACAUUACUAUUACAACCAACCAAGGCCAACGUACCUUCUGAGAAUGUAAAACUAGCAACUUACUGUUUCCUUUCAGAGAUCGAGGAGUUUUCUAUGAAACACUUGUCUCCAAAAGUACUCAUUAGUUUGCUAAAUCUGGAUAUAUACUAUACGAGCAGUGGGAAUAAACUUCCUCAAGAUACUAUUUAUGUCACUGGAGUCCCAGCAGACUUCUUUGUGAUGAUUUUGGAAGGUGAAGUGGAAGUGAAGAUUGGUCUAGAGGAGUUGAGUUUUGAGGUGGGACCUUUCCGGCAUUUUGGUGUCGAGGCUUUAAAAAAGGCUUCUUUCACUCCAGACUACACCCUUCAGGCAAUCAAGAAGACUCUUUAUCUGAAGAUUUCAACAACAUUGUACACUACUGCCUUGCUUGCCACCAGAUAUGAGAGGUUUAAAGAAGUCCCUCAUCUCAACCCCAAUAGUGAUAUGCUUAAGUACUUUAACUUGAUUGUGGGGUCUGAUCAUACAUAAUAAACUGAUUGCGCUGUAAUAUCGGUAUACCUUCAUAUUUUGCAGUCAUAUCUUGGUAUAUGGUACAUAUCAUGUGGUUGUAAUUAUAAACAUAAUACUAACUUGGAGUACAGUUUGUUGUGAGUGAAAAACCAAACAAUUAAGCAAAUUUAAGUAAUAAUAAAAUUAAGCAUAUUGUCAUAAAAUUA